GUUACGGCGGUCUUUUCUUCACGGGUGCUCGACGCGCGAACAUCGAGGUGAGAGCGGCAGAACGUGUGAGAUCGUCGCUUAUCGGCGCAUUCCUUUCAGGUGAGCAAAUACGACCGAGAACGGUGUACGAUCGGUCUGUGAAACGAUGGAGUGCAAGAUAUUUUCCGAACUACAUUCGAAAACAAAAUAAUUCUGUUUUUUAAAAACGAGGUUUGUAGAAUAAAAAAAACAAAAGUCCUAAUAUGAGGCUCCGUUUUCGGGAAAUUUGAAGUAUCUUAUUUUUUCGUGAUUUUUAAAGUAACAAUAUGGAGAUGCUAAUCAUCCACAUCAAUUUGUAUUUUAUUUAAUAUCGUUUUUUAAUACAAAUACUUGAAUGUAAUAAGAGAAAAGAAGGAGAGAAAGAGAAAACGGGAAAGGAAGUGAGAGAGUAGCUCAGGUGGCGCUGGCGCGUCGGGUCUCCCUUCGCGCAUGUGCAGUUGAGUUUUGCGCACGCCAAGAUCAAAGGUGCCGACGGCGAGUUGCGCCGCUACUGUAAUUUACUGCGACCGUACGCUGCAACUGGACGUGUUGUGUGCGCGGUGAACGAGAAAGAGAGACAGAGAAGAGGCGAGAGAGAGAGAGAGAGGAAGGAAAGUGAAGAGAGAACACCAGGGUGGUGCGCGUCUGUCGUCGAGUGACACAUCCACGGAGAAGAUGUGAUGCGGCACCCACGAUGGACGAGUUUCCGGCCGCCGAGAAGAUCCUCCGUGACAUCGAGAGCACGGUCAGGAGGAAUCCCGCUAUAAAGAGCUUCGUGAUCCUGCCGAUGGAGGACAACGAGAAUCGCUCGCCGGUGUUCCAUCAGGGCGACAGUCUGGGUUUGGCGUCGUGGUGCGUGCAACCGCUCUACAUGUACGCGUAUCGACGACUGAUGGAAUACCGUAGGACGCGUCAUCAGCGACGGGAAGAGCCCAGCACGGUGGCGAGAUGGUUGCUGGGCGCGCUGCUGAUCAAUCCGAACGUCGCGACCUUCUGGAACAUGCGGCGUGAGCUGGUGCGCGCCGGUCGUUUGGACGCGCGCGACGAGCUGAUCGUCACCCGGCCGGUGCUAUACAACACACCCAAGAGCUUUGAGGCGUUCGCCUAUCGCAGCUGGCUGAUACCGCUCGUGCUUGACGUCGGGCAGCAUCCGCCAGCGGUCGAUGACGAACCCGGCGCGUCGCCCGUCGCGAACGCCGAGGUCGAGGUCGCUGAAACCUGCGCCGAUCGCUACGCGAACAACUACCACGCGUGGAGCUACCGCCGUCACCUGGUAACUCUCUGCGAGUCGCGCGGUCUGCGUCAUCCCAGCCUCGAGAGCGAAUGGAGGAGCAGCCUCGCCUGGUGCCGACGCCAUGUGUCCGAUCACAGCGCGCAUUCUUAUCGACAGUUCCUGCUGCGGAAGUACAUGCUGGCAACGGCGACGUCCGCGGAAACAACGGACGACGACUCCAUCAGGCACGAUCUUUUUGUCUACAUGAACCUGCGCCAACCGGACGACGAGGUCGAGCGGAAGCUGCGGGAGCGUAUUCACGACGUCGCGAGUAGGAACUGCGAUCGUUACACAACCGACGAGGCUCGCAAGAUCAGGCGUUACCUCAGGGUGCUGUCGUACUGGGCGGAGGACUGCUGGCACAACGAUGAGUGCAUCACAAUGUACGAUAAUCACGAGACGCUGUGGUGCCACCGUAGGUUCCUCGCGCACUCCCUGAUCGCGUUCGUCUCCAUGUACGCGAGACACGCCUGUUAUCGCGAGGACGAGUUCUCGGACGCUCGGUGUUGCUCGGACUCCUCGUCGGAGUCGCUCGCGCUUCUUCGCGACAAACGCCUGACCAUCGACGACGAUCUGCUGACGGCGGCUCACGUGAUACUGUUGAGAUCCUUCUGCGCUGUCAACGCCAAGAUCACUCAAGCGGCGAUCGAACGCGGUCCGCAGGAGAGACUGUUCAUCGAAAGAUUUCGCAAAUAUCUCGAGAGAAUAGGUCUGCGAUGAUCAGCGCGCGUAUUACAAAGUCUUGUUGCGCUCAGAUGGGAUAUUCUUGAUAUCCCAAAGAGAUAUCUUAGGAACGUGUAAACGGCAUUUAAUUUUGUGUAGUUUAUAGUUUAUAUAAUUUCACUUCAUGUAUAUUUAUGUGACAAAAAGUUGUUCGAAAUACUUCUCACACAGAGAUUCUUCGUUUAGGUGCAAAUGUAAUCGAUCUUCGUCGCAAUAUUUUUAGCAAGUUUCACUUUAGUUCGAAGAUAAGUAGAUUAAAGAUACGCAAAUUCCCUUUUAGAUCAAACACAAAAAAAAUGGUAUUAUUCGUCAAAACUUCAGAGAGUAUUUCGCUCAGAUCGUUCUCUUCGAUUUUACGUGAGACAACAAACCAAUUUUUUUGCAGACAGAAACGCGAUAAGCGAACGGAAUUCAAUUUACGUGCGCGAAAUUGAAUUGUUAUCGACAUUUAAUCUCCGCAUUGUUCAUUCGUCGCGAGUUCGACAACACACACCGUCAAGUAUACCACAGUGAUAUGUAAAGAGAAAUGUAAUAUUAAUAUAAUGUACACGAAAAAAUAUUUAGUUAGAUAUGCGAGAGAGGUGAGAAUUACGUCUUGCCGAGAGUUUGUGUGCGUGUGUGUGUGUGUGUGCGUGUUUGCUGAGGAGUGGAGUGCGCAAAAAAACAGUUUGUUGUGAACGGAAUAAUUCUGUAUAGUUAUGAAAUAUUGAUCGAAAGAGAAAUGAAGAAGAUGCUAGUUUUU